AAAAAUACCAACGCUUCAAAUUCCGCAAUCUUGGUUAAAGUAUGCCAAGUAUAGCUUGCAAUAGUAAAUGACCUUUCCAAAGCGACACCCGCAAAUUAAUUGGUGCGUGAACAAAGAACCUUUUCUGCAGCUGCAUGAAUGUUGCCUUUUUAAAUUCUUCACAAGUACGAUUUUUUUUAAAAAACAGCCAAAUCGCAUGUUGCCAAAUGACAAACGGAUUAACACACUUUCAGUGAUGGCCGGCGUGGGCAACUGACCGCGGGUCGGCAGGGGGCUGCCUCCUAGCUGGGCUGUCCUCCGGUCCCCGGCGGGGGCCAGGCCGCCCCUCCCCCGCUCCCGGCUCGGGUUUCAGCCUUCCGAGUUGAGCAAACUUGCUGCAGGCGGAUUGGCAGCGAGCAGCUCCCGGGCUCCGGCGUCGUCCCCGCGCCCACCGCUCCUUUGUGUCCCGCGGCCGCCGCCCGGGCUCGGGGGGUCCUCGGCGGGCAGCCAGCUCCCCCGCGCGCCGGACUCUCGAGACGACACGUGCGGGCCCCGGUCCUCGCCGAGCGGAGGCGGAGCCGGGGCGGAGGCGCAGCGACCAGGGAUCCGCAGCGCUGCCCGCGCCCGGCCGGCCACUCACUCCGGGCCCGCUCCGCUCUGCGUCGGCAGCGCUGCGGUGUAAGCGCUCGAGGGCCCGCGGCCGGGGAUGAGCUGACUGCAGUGAGAGCGUCGCCCCGGCCCCCGCCAGGCCGCCCGCCGCCCUCUCCUCGCCGCCCUGCCAGCCGCGAUCAUGUCCAUCCACAUCGUGGCGCUGGGGAACGAGGGCGACACGUUCCACCAGGACAAUCGGCCGUCGGGGCUCAUCCGCACGUACCUGGGGAGAAGCCCGCUGGUGUCAGGGGACGAGAGUAGCUUGUUGCUGAACGCGGCCAGCACGGUCGCGCGCCCGGUGUUCACCGAGUACCAGGCCAGUGCGUUCGGGAACGUCAAGCUGGUGGUGCACGACUGUCCCGUCUGGGACAUUUUUGACAGUGAUUGGUACACCUCUCGAAACCUAAUUGGGGGUGCCGACAUCAUUGUGAUCAAAUACAAUGUAAAUGACAAGUUUUCAUUCCAUGAAGUAAAGGAUAAUUAUAUUCCAGUGAUUAAAAGAGCAUCAAACUCAGUUCCAGUAAUCAUUGCGGCUGUUGGUAUGAGACAAAAUGAAGAGUUACCUUGUACAUGCCCUUUGUGUACCUCAGACCGGGGGAGUUGUGUUACCACCACAGAAGGGAUCCAACUCGCCAAAGAACUGGGCGCUACCUACCUGGAGCUGCACAGUCUUGAUGAUUUCUACAUCGGAAAGUACUUUGGAGGAGUAUUGGAGUAUUUUAUGAUUCAAGCCUUAAAUCAGAAGACAAGUGAAAAAAUGAAGAAAAGGAAAAUGACCAGCUCCUUCCAUGGGAUUCGACCUCCUCAGCUCGAACAGCCAGAAAAGAUGCCUGUGUUGAAAGCCGAAGCAUCACACUAUCACUCCGACUUGAACAACUUGCUGCUCUGCUGCCAGUGUGUGGAUGUGGUCUUUUACCACCCUGAAGUGACUGGUGUUGUGGAAGCCCACAAGAUCGUUCUCUGCUCUGUAAGCCACGUUUUCAUGCUGCUUUUCAAUGUGAAGAGCCCUACCGACAUUCAGGAUUCCAGUAUCAUCCGAACCACCCAGGAUCUCUUUGCCAUAACCAGAGAUGCUGUGCUUCCAGGUGCUAGCCAGGAAUCCCCCAGCAACCCGCCGUUGCCCGUCAUUGUUAAGGACGCUCUCUUCUGCUCGUGUUUAUCAGACAUUCUGCGCUUCAUUUAUUCAGGUGCUUUUCAGUGGGAAGAGCUGGAAGAAGAUGUCAGGAGGAAGUUGAAAGAUUCAGGGGAUGUUUCUGAUAUAAUCGAGAAAGUUAAAUGUAUUUUAAAAACACCAGGAAAGAUUAAUUGCCUGAGGAAUUGCAAGACCUACCAAGCCAGGAAGCCUCUGUGGUUUUAUAAUACGUCUCUCAAGUUUUUCCUUAAUAAACCGAUGCUUGCCGAUGUUGUCUUUGAAAUACAAGGAGCAACUGUGCCAGCCCACAGGGCCAUCUUAGUGGCACGGUGUGAAGUGAUGGCCGCCAUGUUUAAUGGUAAUUAUAUGGAAGCCAAGAGUGUACUGAUUCCAGUUUAUGGUGUUUCCAAAGAGACGUUCUUGUCAUUUUUAGAAUACUUAUACACAGACUCUUGUUCCCCAGCGGGCAUUUUCCAGGCCAUGUGUCUCCUGAUCUGUGCUGAGAUGUACCAAGUCUCCAGACUGCAGCACAUCUGUGAGCUGUUCAUCAUCACACAGCUGCAGAGCAUGCCCAGCAGAGAGCUGGCCUCCAUGAACCUCGACGUUGUGGACCUGCUCAAAAAAGCCAAGUUUCACCACUCGGACUGCCUUUCCACCUGGCUGCUUCAUUUCAUCGCCACUAACUACCUCAUAUUCAGCCAGAAGCCCGAAUUCCAAGACCUUUCAGUGGAAGAACGAAGUUUUGUUGAAAAGCACAGAUGGCCGUCAAACAUGUACUUGAAGCAACUGGCAGAAUACAGGAAGUAUAUCCACUCCCGGAAAUGUCGCUGUUUAGUCAUGUGACCUGAGCUUUUGCAUAUAUACACUUUUUUAUUAUUACAAAUAAUGGGUACUUCUGGAUUCCAGUAAAAUUCUUAGGACUGGAAUCAGUAUGUUUUUAAAAAUCACCAUAUAGCUUCUUACUAGUUAUCUUUUCAAGACUAUGGUGGUCUUAAAAGGGAACAAAAGCUACUACAGACUUAAUUAAUGCUUCACUUAGAAUAUAAACUGUUGGACACUGGGUUCUCCUUUAAGUUGCCCUAUUGCUUUAACAACAUCAAGACCUCUCCUAGUUAAGAGAUGUUUGACUUUUUUAAAAAAAAUCACCUAGGAUAAAUACAAAAAUUUCAUCAUGUCUGAGUGAUUGCUCUACUAAAAUAAGGGGCAUUUAAAAGCUAAGUGUAACCAUGGGAUUCAGAGGAGCACUGACCAGUGCAGCAUGAAAUUGUAGGAAUAGAAAUUUGCCCAAGACUUUGAUAGUCAGGUGUCAUCUGGUUUCUGGUUCAGUAAGAGUACUCGAAUCAAUAUAAUGGCCCCAUCUGGACCAUCCACCCACAUCUGCUUGUCAAUCAGGCUGCAAACCUAAGCAGGCUGGUAGUUAUCUAUGUGUAACCUUCUGAAGUCUAUGGACUUCCAAACUUAGAAGAGUCUGGUAUUUGGUUUAGUGCUCUGCUAGUGCAGUUGUUAAGCUCUUAAAAAGGUUUGAUGAAGGGCUCGUGUUUUCAGUUUGCACUGGCUCCCCAAAAUUGUGUAUAUUUUCUAACAUGAAAAAAUGCUGAGAUACUAUUUUCUUUUCCUUUUUUUUUUUUUUUUUGUUUUUGUUUUUGUUUAUUUUUGUUUUUUUAAGGCAGGAUUUCUCUAUGUAACAUCCCUACCUGUCCUGGAACUUGGUUUAUAGACCAGACUGACCUCAAAUCCACAAAGAUCUGCUGGGAUUAAGGAUGUGUACCACCAUGCCUGGCUUAAAAUGCUUUUUUCUUGCUCAAACGUUGCUGAUAGCCAAGAAAGAACACUGGCCUUUGGCCAGGAGAGCAGAGUGGAGAUUCCAAUCCUUGGGGAAGCAUAUAUACCCAAGUGCCUCCACAAAGACCUUUCUUGGAAGUAAGAAAUGCUGAGAUGCUUUUUGUUGGUUUUGGAACACUACCCCAGUUCAAGCUGUACCCUAGAAAAGCAAAUACUUUACUGAUCAAUAUAUAAAGCUAGGGAGUUGGUAAGAAUGACUGAGUAGCCUAUGAUACACAGUUAUAGUGAUAAUCACAGGAAAGGAUGCCUUCUAAAGACUUGGGAAUUAAAGCUUAAAUAUUCUUUCUUUUAGCUGUCUGUAAAGAAUGGGAUGCCAAUGGCCUGAAUUGAGUUCUUGGUAAAAGAAGGGAUGUAAAUCACAGACAUACUAGAUGUGGAGACAGUGGUGUCUGGGAUAGAGGCAGAGUUGGUUUCUCUCAUAGCAUGUAUUUGCAGAGAUGAUUCUGCAAGAUGCUCAAAAGCAUGGAAGAAACAUAUUGCUUUUCAUUGUUAAUAUCAUGGACAUCUGAAGUUUAGUAUUGAGAUAUAUUUUUCUAAUUUCUAGUGAUUUUUUUUUAGUAUGCAUAUUUUUUCUAACUUUUCAAAAGUUUGAUUCAACAGUCUUAUCCUGUAGUGUUAGGGUUCCAUACAGAGAGCCCUGUUAUGCGUGCCAAUACUAUCAAAAUAAAGGGGAAGGAAUCCUGUGGAUAGAAUCCCAAGAGAGCUCAUCUUGAUUAUGCUGUGUCGAUGAAGAUUACUGGAAUGAAGUUUGUCUUUCUUAUUCUAAUCACUUGAAUGAAUCAGCUAUUGGCAAAUCCCAUUUGGUGACUUAGCAUUACAAAGAACAGAUACCUUAGCUGACGCCUUUGAUACUUCAAAUAAUUAUGUUCUCCCUCUGUACUGAUGACUUAAAAUUCUAAAAUUUUAUGAAAUUGAAGUGAAAAAAUAGGAGUUGUGAAACAAAGUAUUUUCUUGGAAAUAUUAUUUUAACAUUUAGGUGGAUCAUAACUAGUUCUACUAGGGUGUUUUUCCUGAGUAAGAGCUGAGUUUGGAGCUGGUAGUCUUGCAUGGCGUGUGACUGGGACAGCCAUGAGUCAGAAUAUAAAUGAAUUCUUAAACAUGUGAAUACAGACUCCUUAGUAUUGUUGAAUUCACUUCACGGGAAGUAAUAGAAGAUUUUAAAUCUUUAUAAGUGAUCUUGGGUAAAUUGCUGCUGGUUGUCAGGGUUGUUUCCCAAUCAAAGGUUAUUUCUAGCCGGCUAUAGGCUUUGUUACAAUUUCUGCUUCAAUCUGUUUACCAAGCAUUUUACUUAGAAAGGAUACUGUGUAGUUGAACUAAGGCUCCUUCCUGGCCGGGCUUGCAUCCCGUUGUGCAUUCUUGUAUGCUGCUGACUCGGUCCCUGUUCCUACUGCAGGGGAUUAGAUUUCUAAUAGAGAGCAUUGGCAUGGUAGCUGAAGCCCACUCCUGUGUGAGCCGUACUGGAGCUGCAUAUUGAGCAGUGGAAGACGUCGAGAUCAGACGGAUUUCCAAAAUGGCCAAACUGUCCAACUGUAACUUUACAAAUGAUACUACACUGCUACAGCCAACUAGAUCUAAAAUGUCUUCAAAAAUUACUUUAUUUUAUUUAAAGCAUCUGUUUAUUGCAACUUUUAAUCAGAUUUUGCAAAGGGUAUGUAUGUAUUUUAAUAUAGCCUGACCUGAAUUUAUAUGUUUUUAGCUUUAGUAUUUAACCUUUUAUAACAAAUAAACCAUUUUUUAAAAAACAAGUUC